AUGUUGCAUGCUAGAGCUACAUGCCAUAUGCAUUGCAUUCUCCCCUUCAUUCAUGUCUUGCGACAAGUGACAGGUGGGCUGACAGACACACUGUCUCCGUCAGCGCAAACACUGACUCGAGCAUUGCUGGAGGCGGAUCUUUCAAAGCGGCUUCCCGUUCAGGGAACGGCAAAGCACGAGUUCUUCGAGGGCCUGGACGUCUUCACCUUGUACAGGAGGCCACGCGGACCCGAGCUGCCGGAAAUCCAGCCGAGGGGUCCCAAGGAUCCAGGCGGUGACGAGCGCUGGAACCGCAGGAAGUUCUCCAUGAUAUGGACGGUGAUGCCAUCUGCACAGGAUUUUGUUCCUCCAAAAAGCUUCGGCGUGGAGUCCACUGCCACUCUGAUUCAAGAGACGGAUGCUGAAUGCUCUGCACCAUUCGGUGGAGAGGAGUCAGACAAGGUUGUUCCGAGUCAUCGAGUGGAGUCCCUCUGA